CUUCUCCCAGUCCCACCUUUCAUCUUCCUUCGUUCUUCUUUCCCUUUCAUCAAUGAACUACGCGAAAAACACUCUUCGGAGUGGAAUGAGUGACGAUAUCAUGAAUGAUUUUUUGAUGGGAUACAUUGAGAGUGACAUUCUUGAUAGUCUGGAUGAUGAAUGAAUUUUACAGAGUUUUCAAACUAUGAGAAUUCGUCAUGGGUCACUUUUAAAAAUUGAUAGUCGCUUUAAUUUUUUUAAGUUUGACACUCCCUACUCAAAAUCCUGACUACGCCUGUCUACGGUCUACUCAAUGGUAAUUUUUCUCUCAUGCUAUAUAUUGUGUGAUUGUGUCAUUGUGGAGAUGAAAAGAUAAUGUUAAACAAAUUAAUGCCUUAACAACAUUGUCCGAUCCCUCCGAGCUUGAAACUUGCGCUUCAAACGGAAAAAUAAAAUGGCCAUCGUUGAUGACGUCAGAGUUCAAGUUCUCUCCACAUCUCUGGUCCACGCCAACAACAAAACCACACCGCCUUCCGAGAGGAUUCCUCUCACGCCGUGCGACCUCCGCCUCCUUCUCGUCGGAACCAUCCAGAAGGGACUUCUCUUCCGCAAACCCACGGCGGCGGACACGUCGGCGGCUGCCGCAUUCGUCGACAACUUGAAAUCUUCCUUCUCCGCCGCCCUCGCCUCGUUCUACCCGUUCGCCGGCCGCCUCUCCGCCGACGAACACCCCGAAGACGGCACCGCCGCCGUCUACGUCGACUGCAACGACGCCGGAGCUCCGUUCGUCCACGCCUCCGCCGCCGGCGUCUCCGUCGCCGACAUCCUAGACCCCGUAUACAUCCCUCCCGUCCUCUGGUCCUUCUUCCCCCUAAACUGGCUCAGAAACCACCACGGCUUCGACCAUCCCUUGGCCGCCGUCCAGGUCACCGAGCUCUCCGACGGGAUAUUCGUCGGCUGGACGAUCAGUCACGCCGUCGCCGACGGCGCCACCAUUUGGAAUUUCGUCAAAUUAUGGUCCGCACUCUGCCGGCAGGGCGAUGACGACUCCUCGUCGAUGGCGGCGGCCUUCUCAAGAGACUGGUUUAUCGACGAGAAGCACCACCCCAUCAAGAUCCUCAUCACCAAAAUCAAACAACUCGAACAAGAAGACGAGGACAAAAUCGUCUUGAAGGAGCGGAUCCUACACUUCAGCCGCCGGAAACUCAAGGAUUUAAAAUCACGCGCCAACGCCGAAGCAGCCGACAUCGUCGGCUUCCGCGGCAACAUAUCUUCUCUCCAAUCGCUAAUCUCUCACCUGUGGAGGGCGGUAAUUCGAAACAAGAACAUUUCAGAUCCAGAUUCGGAGGAGGAAGCCGUAUUUAUUGUCCAGGUGGGAUUGCGGUCGAGGUUUGUUCCUGAAGACUACUUCGGGAACGCGGUGAUUCCGUGGCCCAUAGUGGUUAAGUUGAAAGAGCUGUCAGGAGGACGCGAUAAGGGAUUGGGACGCGUGGCGGCGGAGGUGAACAAGGUGGUGGCGGGGCUGACGGACGAGAAGCUUAAGGGAGCGGUGGAGUCGUGGAUCGAGAAUCCAAAGAUGCCGACGCUGAGAGGUUUUGUCGCCGGAGGGAUGGUGCUGAGCAGCUCGCCGAGGUUCGACGUCUACGGUAACGAUUUCGGGUGGGGGAAGCCGGUGGCGGUGAGGAGCGGUUCCGGGAACAAAUUCGACGGGAAGCUCACGGUGUAUCCCGGGGUUGAGAACGGGAGCGUCGACGUUGAGAUUUGUCUGUCGCCGGAGAGGGCGGCGCGUCUGGAAAGUGAUACGGAAUUUAUGGCUGCAUUGGAGUAAUUAGUUAAGUUAGACUGCCUUUUUUUUAAGGAUGCACGAGUGGUUGCCUGGCUGGUGAGAUUCAUCUAGCCAGUAUGGAUCGUAGAGGAGACCGUAUCAGGAAAGUCAGUGACGAUCAAUUUGCAUUUAUGCUAGCUUUUCAAUAUAAUUGAUGAUAUGGGUGUACUAUGGUUCAUGAAACCGUAUCGGAGACCGUAUCGGAAAAGUCAGUGGUAGGGUACUUUAUAGUAAAAUCGUAGUUUAAUCGUUAGUACCGUUAAAUACUGUCUAUCAAUUUAGCCUCCGAUAUUGUUAUUUCGUGGUUGAACCGUCGGUAUGGAACUCCAAUAAAGUAGCUGUUAAUUACAUGAUGUUGAGUCGUUUUGGUCAUGUUCAAUUUGGUCGCUUAGUUCAUGUUUUGAAUCAUUCAAAUUAAGUAGUCGGGUAACCCAAAGUUUUGAGAAAAUCGGAUUGAGUCAGGCUUGAAUUUUGCAAAAUACAAAAUUUCAAGCAGUUCAGAUAAAAUCCUAACUCAAUAAAAGUUUUAUUAGGUCAACCUAAAUAGAUUAUACAGAUCGUG